AUCAGCCCGCAGUACCAUGACCAUUGUCUAGCCAUCUUUUGUCAAGACUCUCGUACAACAAAUAUUAAACAGCGACAGAGUGAGCCGACAUGUGUAUUAUCUUUUUAUGAAUAUUCCGUCAUUUCAACGUACCAUGGAGGAAAAAGACAGGCACUAACAGACCUAAUGUGUUAGGUUAACCGUUAACUCCCCCCUCCUCCUGGUUAUCUCGGCUCCGGUGCUGCUAUGGGCGGCUCUCUGCUCCCCCUGCUAGCCGUCGUGCUGUCAGCUCAGGCGGGUGCUGGAGACCCAACCGAACCAGGCCAUGUUGACGGAGCUCCGCCUUCAAAGAUAGCGGUGAUUGGGGCCGGGAUAGGAGGCAGUGCCACAGCUCAUUUCCUGCGGCAGCAUUUUGGCCCUGAGGUCCAGGUGGACGUGUUUGAGAAGGGGGAGGUCGGAGGCCGUCUGGCCACUGUAACUGUCAAUCACCAUGACUACGAGUCUGGAGGCUCCAUCAUUCACUCCCUCAACCUUCACAUGCAGGACUUUGUCAAACAGCUAGGUCUGAAGUAUCGUCGCAGCAUGGCAGGUAAAACCGCUGUAUUCAACGGCGAAGAGGUGAUUCUGGAGGAGACAGACUGGUACCUGCUGGACCUUUUCCGUCUGUGGUGGCGCUAUGGCAUCAGCUUCAUACGCCUGCAGAUGUGGGUGGAGGAAAUUAUGGAGAAAUUCAUGAGGAUCUAUAAGUACCAGGCUCAUGGAUACGCCUUCAGCACCGUGGAGGAACUCCUGGACUCUCUUGGGGGGAGUGGCUUCAUAAAUAUGACUCGGAGGCCGCUCUCUGAUUCACUCCUGGAGCUGGGUGUGUCACAGCGUUUCAUCGAUGAAGUUAUCGCACCCAUCAUGAGGGUCAACUACGGACAGAAUGUCAGCAUCCCAGCUUUUGUAGGCGCUGUGUCUUUAGCUGGUGCCCAGAACAACCUGUGGGCAGUGGAAGGAGGCAACAAGCUGGUGUGUUCAGGCCUACUGAAGAUGGCCAACGCCAACCUGCUGCAGGCACAAGUCACCUCCAUCUCCCCGCUCUACUCAGGUGAGUCACCUCAAUACGAGCUGAGCUUCAGCACAGCAACAGGAACAGGGUCGGAGGUGUAUGACAUUGUGGUAUUGGCGACACCGCUUCAGGCCAGUGUCAGGUCUGGAGUCCAGUUCAGUGGUUUCAACCCCCCCUUUGACGAGCUCCCUGGCAACUAUCACAGCACCGUAGCAACCAUCAUCCACGGUUACCUCAACACCUCCUUUUUUGGUUUCCCGGACCCACGCCUGUUCCCCUUUGCCAGCGUUUUGACAACUGAGACGCCAGAUUUGUUUUUCAACAGUGUGGCCAGUGUUUGUCCCGUCAACAUCUCAACAGGCUUCAGACGUAAACAGCCACAAGAGGCCGGAGUUUAUAAAGUGUUUUCACCUCAACCUCUGGAGAAGAGUCAGCUCAAAGCAUUGUUCAGGUCGUACUACUCGGUGCAGGUGACAGAGUGGCAGGCCUACCCUAGUUACAGCAGCAGUCAGGGCCUGCCACCUGUAGAGCUCCACCCAAAUCUCUACUACCUCAACGGCAUCGAGUUGGCCGGUAGUGCCAUGGAGAUGAGCUCAGUGGCGGCAAAGAACAUCGCUCUGCUGGCUUAUCAUCGCUGGAACAGACAGACAGACAUGGUGGACCAGAAAGAUUUGAUGCACAGGAUCAAAACUGAACUAUGACCUGGUCUGCUUUAAGAUGAAGCCUGCUCAACAAAGUUAGUGGAGUGUUUAUACUGUGAAGCAGAGGAGAAGGCGUCAGGGUAACUUAAUAGCGGUGGAUUUUGUUUUUUUCAGGGCCAAUACUGAUAGCGAUUAUUAGUUGUUCAUGAGACCGCUUACCAAUAUUUGGAACCAACAUGCAUUUAUUACAAAGCAGAGAAUAUACUUAAUGUGGCAAAAGUAAAGUUACACCAUUAAAAAAAUGAGGGAAAUAAACAAUUUAGCCCUAGCUCUAUCAGCAUGAGAAACUUAAUAGAGCAAAACAGUAGCUGCAGGAACACGGGAAGUAAUUCCACAUGCUCACUCUGUCAGUGGCAUCCAGGCUUAAGUGUUGAUUGGCAUUAUAUAUUUAGCCAGUCAGAUUGUAAUGUAUGCACGGCAUUUGGUGAGGCUGUGAAGAGUGAGUAAAGCCAGAAGGGAAGACACACCUUGCAGUGAAGUCAAAGUAGCCCACUUUUUGAUUAAUUUAUUUUAUUGAUUAUUGGUAAAAUAAAAUGCAGACACCGAUUAUUGGCCAGAUGCCAAAGAUUGGCCUCAAUAAUCAGCCAGGCCAAUAAUCAGUCAACCCCUGUAACUGUUACUCCUUUAGCACCUAAUAUCCAAACGCUGAACUGCACACUGGCACAUCCAAUACUUAGUCAUGACUACAGAUGGCAUCUUCAACACCAGACAGUUUACUGAUAUAUUAUACCCUGACCCUGCUUUUUAUUAAAUAAUACAUAUAUUGUCAGACAGGAAAAAAACAGUAUAUAAAGUCUUAAGCUAAUUUAAACCCCAAUGUGAAAGGCAUUUUCAGGACAGUUUUUGAUUUCACUAUUUGCUCUGCUCAUAUGCCAGUAACACUGUUAAUAUAUGACACAUUUAUCAGACUUGGAAUGGGAUUGAUUGCUUUUGGUAAUUAGUGAUUUCAUCCAAAAUUUGAGCUGCAGGCAGCUUUUCCUUGCCAAGAGAGGAGAAAAACCAAACAACCAUGGAAAACGCCAACAAAAACAGUUUUCUUGUAAUGUGAAUGAAAGGAGAACCAGUCAAAAUGUGGCUGGUAAUGGUCCGUGUAAAUAAAGGAAAAUGCAUACAAAUCAAAAGAACACUUAAUAAGAGCAUGAAUAAAACAUUGUUAAGGCUGCUGUAGCAUUAGUUCAGGCACUGAAUGAACUUGAAACAGCAGGAGGUAUAUCUACUGUCUAUAAAUGUAAAGACUGUUCGAACUGCAAUAUUGAGCCCUUGUUUGUUAAUUUAUAAAAUAAUUCUGCAGUGAGUCAUGGACGUGUCUGCUGCUGCUAUGCUCUGUUGCCCCUUUCAUCAGACUGUUUUAUUAUCUUCUCUUCCUGCUGCUUUUGUUGCGUAAUCCAGCGGAAAGAUUUUUUUUUUUUCUGGGGGGAAUGCAGCCAACGAGCUUUCACACUGGACCAAAUACAAGCAGAGGACAGAACUGUGGAGCUGCUGCUACUGAUGAUGAUGAUAAUGACACUUUUCUCCACUGUUUUCUCUCUGAACCAUGUUAACACCCACCAUUUUUAAUUACUAUGAUAGUCUUAGUAAACACAUGGAGAUAGAGCUGGACCUUAACGAGCAGAAAUGGCAAGUGCACACACAUUUACACACCACGGACCGUUGAUUAUUGUUAAUUAUUCUAAGAUUAUCAGAUAUACAUUGUUUCGGUCUUUUUUAUGAUAAAAGAUGAUACAAUGACAGUGAUAUUUGGACUGAAGCAGUUUUCUGGACUCAACAAAAGUUACCACAGUUGACUAAAUGCACUGUGACUCCAUCAACAAAAUCACAAGAACAUUGUAUCCAGUGAUGAUAAAUCAACAACACCCUUCUUCCCAAGGACAAUGUUAAAAAAAGUCUUGGUUUUAAUUUCAUCAAAUAUUUGUGGCAUUAUUACUUUUAUGAACUGAUGUUAAACAAAUGAAAACAAUGAGCUGCAUGGA